AUGGUGGCGGAAUCCAUGCUGACUUUUGGGCAUCAGUUCCGAGCCUACACCGAUGCGCUGAACAACGCGGGCAACUCGACAGGGCCGCCGUCGAUUCCUCCGCCGCCGCCGCCUCCGCCUCCGCUCAACAUCCCACCGUCGAGGGCCCGGCUUCAGCUGGCGGCAAGGCUGGCCUUGCACCAGAAGGGCGGCCACGCGGCACAAGCGACGUCAGCGACGCUGUAUCAUGACGACGACGACGAAGACUACGUAGACAACGUCGACCCGUUCAGAGAUGGGGAGGACGAUCUUGAUGAAUUAGACAGAGGCGCCACGACCCAUGACGCUGGCCGCGCGGGCUCCUGGUGGAGAGGAGUUGUCGGAGGCAAGCGCCACGCUCCCGACGAUGGCUCGGACGACGGCUCGGACGAGGACGUCGACGACGACGAAGAGUUUGGAGACUUUCACAUGGCCGAGGAAGACAGGACGGAAGACGACGGCUCGGGCGGGCCGAGCGUGCUGCUGCGACCACUUGCCGUGCAUCCGGCCAAGGGGAGCAUCCGGAGUCUCGGCGGCCUGUGGCCGUUUGGCUCGAAGAGCGAGAAGCAGGAGAGCGAGGAGAAUGGAGCCGAGGAUGAGACGGCGGCGCCUGGGCCGAACGAGAAGGGAGAGGACGACGGGCAGGCCGUGGAGGUGAAGGAGGCGACGAGUCGAACGAGCAUCGAGGAGCCCGACGAGGAGGAGGUUGUGAUUGGUGUCGAAGGUCUCGUCGAUGCGACCCGGUAG